UAAAAAGAAGCAGUGGAAUAAUGAGUCUGGGCGAGCUGGAAAGGGAGAGAUAAGGCUCGAGUUAGGAAUUGAUUACGAAUAAUAAAACCCUCUUCACACACUGACUGACGCAAAGGGUUCAAAAGCGCAGGUCACAGCGAAAGCUCCGGCACCGUGGACGUCUGUAGCAGGACCCGCUUGGAAUUGUUUGAAAUUUGCAGAACCGGUGGAAAGCGUAGGGAUGGUGGAGAACUCCGCCAACAGCAAGGGUCAAAUGCCUGGUCUGACCCCUGAGGGAUUGAGUGUGGUAUUGCCUGGAAGCCCUUCGUUUUCCCCCCACAAUGCAGGCGUCAAGCUGGAGGCGGUGAUGGAGCAGCUCCAGAGGCAGCAGCAAGCCCGUCUGGAGAUGGAGCACCGAGAGCGAAAUGAGCGGCACGUCCGCGAGGCCCACAUCAGGUACGCCCAGCAGGUAGCAGCUCAGCAGGCUGUCCUGGCUGCAGCAAGGACCUCGGGGAACCAGCUGCCUUCAGGACUCCUUCACAGGGGCCUGUCUGCGCUGGUGGUGGGGGGCCAGAGAGCCUCAGAUCAGAGUAGCGUGGACUCGGAGGCGGACGAGGAGAGGGGCCGAGAGUCUGGGGAUGAGGAAGAGGAGAUGGAACGGGAUGAGGAGCUGGAGGAAGGGAGCGAGGAGGAGGAAGGUAGUGGAGGUGGGGCUGUCGGGUUGGAAUACCUCCGGAAACAAACCCUGGCUUUGCAGACGGCCCACAGACUGCUGCCCGCCACCCACCCGUCUCCCCCAGGCCCACCUCCUCCAGUCGUCGAGGUAAAGCAGGAGCCGUGCGAUGAGAGCCACUCUCCGGGGGAGCAGACAUCGGGAUCCCCGAGCGGGCAGCCAGACUGGGGCUACGAUGAGCAGUUGAAACAGAAUGGGAGUCUUGCGUGGAGCGACGAAGCUGACGGGGGCCGAGGAAGAGGAGGAGGAGGAGGAGAGGCAUUGCGAGACUUCGCCAAGGUUAGAUGGGAUUCUUCUGUGCUAGACAAAAAGUCCAACGACUUUGACAGGGAAGGACAGAAAAUGCUUUAUGAACUCGACGGCGAUCCCAAGAGGAAAGAGUUCCUAGAUGAUCUCUUCACCUUCAUGCAGAAGAGAGGCACUCCGGUGAACAGAAUUCCCAUCAUGGCAAAGCAGGUCCUGGACUUGUACACACUCUACAAGCUGGUGACAGAGAAGGGAGGACUGGUGGACGUGAUCAACAAGAAGAUCUGGAGGGAGAUCACCAAGGGACUCAACCUGCCCACUUCAAUAACCAGCGCUGCCUUCACUCUCCGGACACAGUAUAUGAAGUACCUCUAUCCCUACGAGUGUGAGAAGAAAGGCCUCAGCUCUCCAGUGGAGCUCCAGGCUGCCAUCGACAGCAACAGACGGGAAGGCCGGCGGCCAAGCUAUACCUCCACUCUCUUCGGCUACUCCCCAACCCCCUCCGGGGCCCCGCACAUCCUGUCUCCCCCCAAAAUGCACCUCACCACUGUGGGGGCAAACAACAGGCUGCACCUCUCCCCUGGCCAGCCUAUAAAGAAAGAAGACGGGAUGUCACCUGCACUGCUGUCGAGCCGCCUCCCUAUGGCCAUGGCUCUGGGCAACCAGCAGAUGGCAGGCUUGGCCCGAGCCGCCACGCUCGAGCAGCUGCGGGAGAAGCUUGAGACAGGGGAGCCCCCGGAGAGGAAGAUUGCACGGCUAGCAGAGGAGCAGCAGCGGCUCAUCCAGCAUGCCUUCCAGCAGAACCUCCUCGCUAUGGCAACGCAGAUGCCAAUGAACAUCAGAAUCAACAACCGCGAAGACAGCAGCAAGCAGGACAUGGCGUUAAGCAUUUCAACAAGCGGCAUGCACAGCAUCAGCAUGUCAGUGGAGGUUAAUGGCACAGUCUACUCCGGUGUCUUGUUCGCUCAGAAGCCAGCAGCAGCAGCAGCAGCCCCAGGUCCGAGUGGCGGAUUUGGGAUCCUCUCCUCCUCUCACAGUCCCACCUCUUCCAAGGUGCCCAGCUCUGCAGAACCCUCCACCACUGGCUCCCCCUAGAGGCCACACCUUGCAGGGGGGUGUUAGUGUAGAAAGGGUGAGAGAGGGAGGGGGUACACAAGGACUUUUUGGCAGUUCUUUAUAGAAAUAUAUAUUAUAUUAAUCAUGGCAGGGAUUUACAGACUUGCACAACUAUUACCUCAUCAACUCGUCUGAACUGUCUGUCUUCACAGAUGCACAGCCAAAAGAUGGGUGAAUUGAACUUGAAGAUUUUGUAUUGUUGUUGUUGUUUUUCUGUAUCACAUACUUCAACCAUUUUGCAAUGCUGAUACCUCAAUGGGCUGUAGUUUACAAUGACUGUUUACAGAAUCUCUUCUCAGUAUUACAAGUGCUUUUUAAACUGGAGGAGAGCAGAGUCUGCAUAUCCCAAACCCAGCCUUGUUAGCAGCCUCUCGUUUCCAAGGCUCGGCCAGCCCUACAAGAUCCGACACAACUCUUUGAAAAGCAUAGGAGUUGAAUUCAGGUCCUAAAACCAAUGCUGCGUCAAAUACAACUCCUCUGAUUUGGAAGAGAACCCAAAAUGCACCUUGACCAGAACACCCAUGCCAUGAGUGAGAGACCCUGGUCUUCGGGUUCACAGUGCAGCGUGCUGUCUCUCUCGUAUAGUAGCAUGCAGACACCACUUUAUGCUCAGCUUGGUCAGCUAGCCUCAUAAAUCUAAUGACCAGACUGUCAUAUUUGUGGAUCCAGCAGGUUUAUUAGUGUGGUUAAGGUGCUUUUUAGGGGGGCAGGGAACUUUACAAAACUGAAAAUCAGUGUGCAGCUACAGUUCAAAUUAAACUGUUUCCCUUUUUCUGCUUUACCAGAAAGGGUCGUCUCAGGAAUAUGCUGGUACAUUUACAUUUUUAUAAAUAUUGGGUUUUAAAAAUAUUUCAUACCGCACAGUAACUUAGUGCUAUUCAAGUAUAUCUCUCUGACUUUGUGGCUAAAUUCUAUUUUUCUUUCUAUCUUUCUAUAUACCUUAUCUGAUUGGUUUGACAUUAUUUCUAAUGCUUGUUGAAUUUGUAACAUACUUGUUGAUGUUUAUUGAAAACCAAAGACUACAAAAAAAAAAAAAAAAAAAAAGAUAACCCGCCCCACGCUUCAAAUGGUAGCUCUUCAGAACCUGCUUUGCUAAGAAUCAUUCCAACUUCAGUAUGGUCUCAUAUUGGCAGUUGAUUUCAUAAGGGCCUGGACUUCUGGAAGCUACUUUGUUGGAUUGUGUAACAUUUUAAGAUGUGGGGGUGUUGUAUGCAGUGUCACAAUUGCCAGUAUUUUAGAUGCAACUCUGCCAGUCUGCUUGCGAAUUACGUGGUCUUGCACAGAUAAGUAUCAAAGAUAUGGGAUCCCCAUGUAAACAAAAUACCUCAAUGUAUGCAAGAAAGCAGGGCCUUGUGUGGCUUCCUUUGACAGUGUUGGUCAGCAGCUCAGCUGAGAGGGUCGGGGUUCUCAGUGCCUUCAAGGGUCUUGAAAGAGAAGGUGGUCAGGAGGCUUAAAUUGAGGUGAUAACCAAAAAAAGGACAGAACCUCACAAGGUACCGGUCCCAGCCCUGAAGGACAGAACCUCACAAGGUACCGGUCCCAGCUACGUACUCAGGUUCUUUGAAAUGGACACUAUCAUUACCACAGAAAGUUAAAGGUUAAACAUUAACAAUAAAAGUAUAGGCACCACUUCACCAAUAUACCUUAAAUCACAAGGAUGCUAAUAAUAACUAAAUCUCUUUUAACAAUGAUCAAAUCAUGGCAAGAAAACUUUACAGCUGUGGCCUAAAGUUUUGCAUCACCUAGAAUUUUAGAAUUGAGAAAAUUAAAACAAAACCAAAAAAAAUAAUAAUAAUAACCCAAAAAAGAAUCAACAUAAUUGAGAUAUUUCCACCACAAAAUGAUAUUGCAAGCCAUAAUAUUAGUACAGUAUUUCAUGUUAGAUUUCAGUUUUUCUUUAGGUAUAUA